AUGGGUCUCGAAUUUGACCCGGAUCUGGUGCCUCGCAACAAGCUCGGCUUGCACUGCGCUCAGAUUCUCUUAGCGCUUGUCGGAUGGUGCAUGGAAAUUGCUGUAUUUACGGGGAAGGAUGCGAAGGUUGUGGGCAACAACGGAUGGACAUUUGGAGUGUUCUUUCUCUCAAUCCCAGCAUGGCUCUAUCUCAUCAUGACGCCUCGGUUUGCACGUGCCCGAAAGUUUGCCGAGCCUCACGCUAUGCUGGCAGUCGACAUCGUCUUCACAAUCAUCUGGUUGUCAGCUUUUGCUACACAGGCGACGUACAAUUCAGCAGGCCUCUGCGGGCAGGUGUGCAACGUGAGUAAGGGUGUCGUUGCUCUGGGAGUAUUCGUCUGCCUCUUGUUUGGUGCUACCUCGUUCAUCAGUGCCUAUACGCUCACGUACUGGAGGUUCCACGGCAGUCUUCCUGGAUACGACAAGCGAAAGCUUCGCGGCGGUGACAACAGCAUUGAUCCCGACAAGGCCGCAUUCUCCAUGGCUCCCCACGAUGAAAAAGCCUACGAGCGAGUGAAUGUGGAUGACCACGAGAAUACUAGCUACUCCGAAUCUGGACGCUACGGCCACGCAAAUCCCCAUGGCCAGGAAAACGACGAUCGUUAUGGUGCCCUUCCUCCUGGCAGACAUGAGCUGUUUAACCAGGACACUGAGUAUGGCUCUGGCAGGGCCAGUGUGCCUCCCACAGAUCACCCUUACGGCGGCUCGCAGAUUAGUUAUGACGACGAGCCUGUCAAAUUUCCUGCCGGUAAUUACGACCGUGUGGAUCGGUAA